AUGCACAUCAUCGCGAUCGCUUUAAAUGCUUGUCUGAUAUGCCUUGUGGCUGCAAACUCCGGAUCUUCUGCAUCGACAAGUUCUUCCAUUCGUACUCAACAUAGUAUGGUCGUCGAUUUGAAACAAGAACUGAGCGUUAUCGACUACUUUGGCGCCUUGGUAGUAUGGGUGAUGUUCUUCACGAUUCUUUUCAUUGUCUCUGCUACUUGUAUCAACUGGUGUUGCAUUCAGAAGCAUGACGACAUAACAGUGCUUGAAGAGUGGGGAUAUCACCAUAAGGUAAACAUGCGUAUGGGACCGCAUCGACCGUCAAUGGUAGCCCGAAAUAUUCUUCAGGAUAAGAACAGCGACGACGAAAAGGAAUGA